GUAACUUUGACACGUUUGAACAUUGCAAUAUCGAUCAAGCCUCCCUCUCAUCGCGCACUUCAAUCGUUCAUAACUUUUACUCAGCAAACCGCGCACGUUUCAUAUACGUGUUACGUCAAAAUUUCCAGUGUAACCACAAUAGUUUUCGAAAUUCAAAUAAAAAUCCAAAUGUAUUCUUUUCGAAUCGCGAGUGCAUCUAUCAUUUUUGCACGACUCUUUUAUUAACUACGGAAAAUGGUCGGCGCAAUCACGGCUUUAUUUUGCCCGAUAAUAUUUUGACAUCUCUGAAAUGUUACUUCGACCUUAAUAAGCGAGAAAUCGACGAUAGAAAAGCAUUGGGGAAGGUAACAAGAUCAAAGUCCAACUACGGGAAUUCUAUCCUGAAGCUUCCCAGUGAAAGAUGUUGAGAGCUCUCUGGCGUAAGGAGUCCACAAAGACGACCUCGGAGCCGCAUUUGUUUGCGAAGCCAAGAAUACCGGUCGGAGAAUUUGAUCAAAGUGGAAUCUCGUUCGUCCCAAUAGAGAAAGAUUUGCGAGAUGAAUAUUUUGCCGAGAAUCUUGACAUUUUUGUCGCAUAAGAAAUUGCGAGUGACACACGCGUUAAACGAAUCCCUGAGGCUUCGGCAAAAAUUACUGGCAUCACGUGCUGUUCCAAAUCGCAUGAUUUCGUAUGGAAAUUUUAAUAUCAAUAGAAAGAAUUCUAUAACUUGCGAUAAUUUUUUACUUCCGCGACGUAAUAUUAGCAAUGGCAAUGGCAUAAUUACGCGAUUUAAACGAGAGAAGAGUACGCAGUCCGGCAAAAAGGACGACUCGAAACCGCACCGAGAACGCGUCGAGGAUCAUCGACAGUCCGCGGAAGAACCGCGCGAAUGGCGUAGCGAUGGCUAUCAGAUACCGGCAGAGAAUUAUCAAAAGACUUGCAGCGACUCGUUGAAUCAUCAUCAGUCGAUCGAAUCCAAUUCCCCGAUCCACUCGAACAAGCCUGUGUCGUACAGCAAUCGGCAGGCGUGCAGCGAAUCAUCGAAACACGAGUCUCGUAAAUCGACACGGGCGACUCGAAUAACGUCGAAGAAAUGGAUUUGCAGGAAGCCGGCGACGGAGAGUAAGAUUUAUCACAAAUGCAAGCCGAAGUCGCGCACUUAUCCGGACGGCCGGGAGGAAACGAUCGGUUUCCCGUCGUCGCAAGAUUAUUGCGAGGACAAGUCGCGGCAAGCUGCAUCUCAUCCUUCUACACGGCUACGUCCCGAAUCGGAGCCUUUGCCCAGCAAAAACGUUACGUCGUGCAAGAAAGUAACUUGUCCCGAGGAACGCGAAGCAAAAAAAAAAAAGGAGUACCCUGCGUCAGAUAUGUACGAGUACCGCAGAAAACCCGAUCCUCCGCCACCGAGACAGCCACACUGGAGUGAGAAUCUCCCGUCUUACUGCGACCCCAGCCUGAAGAAGACGACGACGACCCGUUCAUCCCCCGUUAAAGCCUCACCAAUGAUCUUCAUUCCUGACAAAGGGUCGCGGAAAUCCCGAGCGAGAGACACCGCGUCAUCCCUGCAGAAUAUUCAUAAGGCUUCCAAGGCUUCCGACGGCGGGAGUCCGAAUGAGAAGGAGUGCGGCAGAACGGAUACCAAGAAGGCGCCGCAGAAGCUGGACGAAUCGAGAAAAUGUACAUCACGCUGCACGAUCUCCUUCGAGGACAGAUGCGCCACUUCUUUGACAAUUCCCCCGCCGACCGUUAACAGAACAAUGGACUCUAGAAGUAAGCAAUUUCCAACGUUCACGAAAGACGGUCGCUGCGCCGAGAAAGCCAAAAAGAAAUCUGUCUGCACGACGGACUUUGUCAGCGAUUGCAGUCCCAACAUGGCGAGUUUCAAGUAUCGAUUGAGUAAAUGUCCUCCCAUUAAGGAAAUGUGGAGUAUCGGCGUCAAACGCGAGCCACCUGUUGACGUUAGUGUGCGGCAAGACGCGUUCAACUGUAAGAAGUCGAAGAGGCCAGACUCGCGGCCGGAAACCGCGAGCGCGAGACGAAGGCUCGGAACGAGGCUCAAGUCGCGGGCGCCCGCGACUAGCAACGGGUGGACACGACAGAAGUACAAGGUCCGCCUGAAGAUUUUUCGGAAGGAAAAUACCCUCGAUCCCUGUCUGCCGCAAAUCGUCGAACUGAGACAACCGCGCGGCGAAAAAACGCGACCGAGGCAGUCGAAGUUCGCCGCGGACGAAGGCGAGCACUUUUCGCAAUCGGAAAGCUCGCAUUGCCGUCCAUCCAAGUUGACUACCGAGACUGAGUCGAUUACCGAGACGAAGAGCUAUCCGACGAAAAUGAACGAGAGCAGGGUGAUUCGCGAUCAACACAAGGGAAAACAACUUUGCAAAAAGAGUCGCUGAGCUUCCGGAAACUACUUUGCGAUGUAGAAUAUUUGGAGGUCGCGUUGAUGGAUGGAGAGUCAACAUUUAUAUUUUAAGAAUAUGUUCGAAACUUGCACUUGCUUCAGUUACUUUCGGUAUGAAAUAUGAAAUUUAAUGCAUAGAAAAUAGACGUAAAUACGUAAUAAGCGCGAAAUAAAGGUUUAAAAAAUAGUACACGCGUGCGGCAUUAUUUUAUAGCAAACAUUUCAGAUACACCUUAAUUAUCAAUAAAUGUAACGUUAUCAAAAAGUAUAGUGCUUGCUCAACUAUAAUACGUAAUUACUAUGUAUUGUAUAAUUAUUACUAUCAUAGUUAUCUUACGCAAUUAUGUAAUUCCACUAAAAUGACGACAGAAUUUUUGCGACAAAAAAA